GCUUUCCACAAUGAUUCUUCAAGGUCAAGUGCUUUUAAAAAAUAGCUGUUUAUUCUAAUUUCUAUCCCACACAGUGAUUCUGCUAAGUUCCUACAACACCCAGGGCCCUGUGAUAACUGCUGAAAUCCUACCUGCUGCCUGUGUGUCUGACUGUGUAGAGACCUGGUCCUCAGGACAGCUUGCUAUUGACAUGUUGAAAAUCCAUCCUCAGCCCAUUCAAUCUUGCAGCUGAGAGUCAGAUCUCCACUGUCUUCUGUGUGCUGUGUCCAUCAGAGAGAGAAUCAUGGGUCGAAGAGAUCUGAAAGCAGCCAGCUUCUCUCUGGUCUUCCUAGGCUGGCUAGUGGCCAUUAUCAGCUGUGGCUUGCCCUUGUGGCAAGUGACGAAAGUUUCUGAAGACACCAGCAUUUGGGAGGGCCUGUGGUACCUCUGUGAUGCAGAAGGAUUCCAGAACGUGAGCUGCAUGCCCUACAACUCACUUCUGGUCCUGCCAAAGGAGCUGCAGGCAUCUCGUGUUCUAGUGGUAAUCUGCAUCAUCAUCAUCUCAAUGGGUUUGCUGCUGUACAUGAUCAGAGAUAAGCUAAUCACAGAUGAGUCAAAUAUGAACAAUGAAGGAAAGAUCAAGAUGGCGGCAAGUGGGUUGUUCGUGGGGGCUGGUCUGCUGCUGCUGGUGUCUGUGUCCUGGGUAACACACAAUGUCAUCCUUAGAAUGAACAACUCUACAAAUGUCCCCCAGUGGAAACCAGAGAUGGGAGCCUCACUCUACCUGGGCUGGCUCAGCUCCCUGCUGCUUCUCCUGGGAGGGGCCCUACUGGGAGGGGCCCUGCUGUGGUGCCAGGCCCCACUAACCAUGAGCAGCCUGUCCCAGUGAGGGAUCUGACAAUACCCAGCUCACUCUUUCCGAGUGCUCCCAGGAAGGGCCCUCUUCCGAGAACAACCACGUAUCAGGUGGGCCAAUCUGUGUUUUGGAUUUCUCAAUCUGUAGACAGCUCAGACCACCUUCUGACUGUUUAUUAUUCUCUAGCUGUUACCCCUCUGACUGAAACACCUUUGGCCUGAUGGACGAAGGAGAACCAGGAAGUUCUAAGCCUCCAGUGCCCUCCUCAGCCUCAGGGAACUACUGCUGGGGAUACAAGGGGAGAGAAAAUUCCUCCAUGGACCUGGCUGCAAACUGGCCCAGGGGACCUCCUGGAUGCAGCUGUCAUGAAUCAGCACAAUGUUGUGGUGCAUUUCCUGUGGAUGCAGCUGAUGAGUCACCCAUGAACAUGGGACCCCAAUAAAGUCACUGGUCCCCU